GCGUCUCAAUAGCCCCUCCUUGGGUACGAGCCCGUUCGAUGCCGAGCCAACACCCUGUGAACUGUCCAUGGCCAUCCAAUCCUUCGUGGUCCCCCUCUUCAUCCCAUGGCUAUCCCGUGGGGUUGUGAAGAUUCAACUUCCGGAUGAAUCACUCGUCGUGGAUUCACCACGCCCAGAGAGCGAAACUCCGGAGGUUCAGUCGGACAACUCCUCCGAGCGCGCUGUCGAUGCCGUCGUUUUGCCCUGCGAUCAUGGAUAUCAUCUAGAUACUCAGUGUCAUUGCGUAGAGACAUCAGCCGUGCUAUGAUUUCGUCACAGUGAGAACUUGUCGGGCACGCAAAGCUCAGACAGGGCGAUACAGGCCCGAACGAGCCUCGCUCGUAAUCGCGUUAUUGCCAGAGCUCGACCAGGAUGGAUACGCUACGCGGUUUAUUCCACUCGACUCCUUGUUGUCCACUUCUAUGCUUCCAUUUCGCGAGUUGCUAUCACUAUCGUACACUUGUGAGUCAUACUUCCUACUGUACCAUGCAUCGCAUGCCUGGACUCUGUACCCAUUUUGCGAGGAAACCAUACUCGUCUGCGUGUCGCACGCACCUUUGCUCCCCACCCGCGCGUUCCAAUCAAGUUAUCGCUUACGAGUGGCCAUACACCGCGAUCGGCUUGUACGCCUCCUCGAGGUACUUGACGUCGUCCGGAGUCAGCUCGACGUCCAGCGCGUCGAUGAGCUCUUCAAGGUUCUUG